GGACGGGCGGACGGUGCACAAUGGCCCCUCCGGGCAGUGAGGGAACGUGGCCCUCAGGCAGGACCCACCGCAGCCACGCCCCGCAGCCGGCACCCCGGGGUCCAAGUGCAGCGCAGCCUCACGCAUCGUCGGGGGCUACAGUCUGACCCGGGGGACCUGCCCACGCCCCGCGCCCCGUGUCCCGAUGGGCCUGUGCUAUAGCUUGCGACCGCUGCUUUUCGGCAGCUCGGAGGAUGCCCCCUGCGCCGCCUCGGACCCGCGCUCGGAGGACGGGCAGCCCAGCGCCGUCCCAGCCCCAGUCCUGGUCCCAGCCCCGACUCCAGCGGGGACACUGCUCCGACGAGGCGCUGGCCGGAACCCCGCGAGCGCGCGGCCGGCAGUGGAGCUGCAGAGCCGGCGGCGACAAGAGCAGCUGCGCGCUGAGGAGCGAGAAGCCGCUAAGGAGGCGAGGAAAGUGAGCCGCGGCAUCGACCGCAUGCUGCGCGAGCAAAAGCGCGACCUGCAGCAGACGCACCGGCUCCUCCUGCUGGGGGCUGGUGAGUCCGGGAAAAGCACUAUCGUCAAACAGAUGAGGAUUCUGCACGUCAACGGCUUCAACCCCGAGGAAAAGAAGCAGAAAAUUCUGGACAUCAGGAAAAAUGUCAAAGAUGCUAUUGUGACAAUCGUUUCAGCAAUGAGUACUAUAAUACCUCCGGUUCCACUGGCCAAUCCUGAAAACCAGUUCCGGUCCGAUUAUAUCAAGAGCAUAGCCCCUAUCACCGACUUUGAAUAUUCCCAGGAAUUCUUUGAUCACGUGAAGAAGCUGUGGGACGAUGAGGGGGUGAAGGCCUGCUUUGAGAGAUCCAAUGAGUACCAGUUGAUCGACUGUGCACAAUAUUUCCUGGAAAGGAUCGACAGCGUCAGUCUGGUUGACUACACACCCACAGACCAGGACCUCCUCAGAUGCAGAGUGCUGACUUCAGGAAUCUUUGAGACACGAUUCCAAGUGGACAAAGUGAAUUUUCACAUGUUUGAUGUUGGCGGCCAGAGGGAUGAGAGAAGAAAAUGGAUCCAGUGCUUUAAUGAUGUCACCGCCAUCAUUUACGUGGCGGCCUGCAGUAGCUACAACAUGGUGAUCCGGGAGGACAACAACACCAACAGACUGAGGGAGUCACUGGACCUGUUUGAAAGCAUCUGGAAUAACAGGUGGUUGCGGACCAUUUCUAUCAUCUUGUUCUUGAACAAACAAGAUAUGCUGGCAGAAAAAGUCUUGGCAGGGAAAUCAAAAAUUGAAGACUAUUUCCCAGAGUAUGCCAAUUACACUGUCCCCGAAGAUGCAACACCGGAUGCGGGAGAAGAUCCCAAAGUUACGAGAGCCAAGUUCUUUAUCCGAGAUCUGUUUUUGAGGAUCAGCACAGCCACAGGUGAUGGCAAACAUUACUGCUACCCCCACUUCACCUGUGCCGUGGACACCGAGAACAUCCGCAGAGUGUUCAACGACUGUCGUGACAUCAUCCAGAGGAUGCACCUGAAGCAGUACGAACUCUUGUGAGGACUGCCUACCCCUCCUCCUCACUGCCGCCUCUCCUCCCUCUUGGCCACCCCAGGAGGCGGUGUAUCUCCCCAGCCUGCGUGUCUGUCCACCCCGAGCCAUGGUAGGGCGUAGUAAGUGUUUUAGUGUCACGGGGCUGUCACCUGUCCUGUCCUAGGUAUGCCUACGUGUGACCACCAAGCCUCUGGCUACCUCUGUCCCCCAGGUUUGGUUUCUGUAGCUUUUGUUUCUCACCGGACUGCACAGCCUCCCACCAGCAAUCUGUAUCACUGCAAAGCCACCAACUCCCACAUGGGUGAUACUGCAGUGACCCGUCUGAGUGGGAACCUAUCAAUUCUUUGUUUGAUUGUCGAUGGGCUGACUCAUCAAAGGCAGCGUGGUAAAUCAGAGAAAUACAUUGUUUCAAAUUAUCAAG